GGCAAAAUGGUGGACCAGGCAACAUUGGACAAGCUAGAAGCUGGCUUCAAGAAACUGCAAGAAGCUAGUGAUUGCAAAUCCCUUCUAAAAAAGCAUUUAACGAAGGAUGUCUUUGAUAGCAUAAAAAACAAGAAGACCGGUAUGGGAGCCACCCUUCUUGAUGUCAUCCAAUCAGGUGUUGAGAACCUGGAUAGUGGCGUGGGAAUCUACGCUCCAGACGCAGAAUCGUACAGAACCUUCGGUCCUCUGUUUGAUCCCAUUAUUGACGACUACCAUGGAGGUUUCAAACUCACAGAUAAACAUCCACCCAAGCAGUGGGGUGACAUCAAUACGCUAGUGGAUCUCGACCCAGCAGGACAGUUUAUCAUCUCCACUAGAGUGCGCUGUGGUCGUAGUCUUCAGGGUUAUCCCUUUAAUCCUUGUUUGACAGCGGAGCAAUAUAAAGAAAUGGAGGAAAAAGUCAGUUCCACUUUGAGCAGCAUGGAGGACGAACUGAAAGGAACUUACUACCCCCUCACGGGGAUGAGCAAAGCCACCCAGCAGCAGCUCAUUGACGAUCAUUUCUUAUUUAAGGAAGGAGACAGGUAAGUGUAAAGAGUAGCCGUGGAUAACAUCGAAUCCAAACUUCCGUUCUCUCACGAUGACCGAUUUGGUUUUCUAACUUUUUGCCCAACCAACUUGGGCACAACCAUGAGAGCCAGUGUCCAUAUCCAGCUGCCUAAACUGGCCAAAGAUCGUAAAGUCCUGGAAGAUAUUGCAUCAAAGUUCAACUUACAAGUCCGAGGCACCCGUGGUGAGCACACCGAGAGUGAAGGUGGAGUCUAUGAUAUCUCCAACAAGCGACGUCUCGGGCUCACGGAAUACCAAGCCGUUCGAGAGAUGCAGGACGGGAUUCUGGAGAUGAUCAAGAUGGAAAAGGCUGCUGCCUAAAUUUCCUGAAUGAAAAGCACGUUUGCUCUUUUUUUUUUUAACCAAAGAUUCACUUGUCUAGAGGAAGAAGGUCCCUUCUGUAAACGUUGCUCCUGAUUGCCCUAUUUAUAUUUCUUUUCUUUCUUUUUAUAAAACUAAGUUAUAUUGGUAGUAAAGAGUUGAAGUUAUCUAUUUCUUCCAUGAGCCAAAUAAUGGAAGGAUAUGUAAAUACAUAUACGUUUAGCGCAGUAGAUUUCCAAAAUACAACAGCCCUUGGUAGGUUAUCACGCCCUUAUUUUGUCCUGUUUUGUGUAGCUUAUGUAGCCUUCGUCACCAGAUGGAGUUCUUGUAAGAAAAGACUUCCUACAAAAUGUGAGAUUCCAUCUCUCUAGAGUGCCGAAAUCUCCACCUAUGCAAGUUAGUUUCCAAGAGUGUUCGCUAUACUUCACAGAAUUUAAGAAAGAAUCCAAGAAACAUGUAAUAAACCAAAUGCUGAAACUACU